GGCUGCCUGCCGAAAGUGUAUGUAUGUAUGUGUGUGUAUGUGUGAGGGAGCCGGCAGACUGAAGCAAGCCACAGAGGCAGGCUCUAACUCCAACCCAAUGAGCUCACAGCCCUCACACUCACACACACACACACACACACACACACACACACACUCCUCAACGCCGGCUCUUGCUCUUGCUUCAACCCUGGGACACAGAAGAGGAAGAAGGAGAGGAGAGAGAGGCAGCGAGUGGCAGAGAGGGAGUGUGAGGGCGAGGGCGUAAGAGAGGGAGAGAGAGGCAGAGGGAGACUGGUGGGGUGUAAGGGAGAACACCAUGGCUUCAGAUCCGGGGCUGGCUGCGAUGCUGCUAUGGACUAUAUCACUACAGGCUCUGAGCACCGCAGGAACUAACAGCAACGAAGUGAACCUAUUGGACACGACGACGAUCACAGGAGACUGGGGAUGGCUAACGUAUCCGUCACAUGGGUGGGAUGCCAUUAAUGAGAUGGACGAGUACUUCAGCCCUAUCCACACGUACCAGGUCUGUAACGUGAUGAGCCCCAGCCAGAACAACUGGCUGAGGACAGGCUGGCUCCCUCGAGAUGGCGCGAGGAGGAUCUACAUUGAGGUCAAGUUCACCCUGAGAGACUGCAACAGCAUGCCUGGUGUACUGGGCACCUGCAAGGAAACCUUCAACCUGUACUACUAUGAGUCUGACAGAGCAGUAGGCUCGGCCGUACGGGAGAACCAGUUCAUUAAGAUUGACACCAUCGCCGCUGAUGAGAGCUUCACAGGGGUGGACCUGGGAGUCCGCAGACUUAAACUCAACACUGAGGUGCGAGGCGUGGGCCCUCUGAGCAAACGAGGCUUCUACCUGGCCUUCCAGGACAUCGGCGCCUGCAUUGCCCUCACCUCUGUGCGGGUGUACUACAAACGCUGCGUGGGCGUGAGCCGUAACCUGGCCGUGUUCACUGAUGUGGUGACGGGCGCCGACUCAUCCUCUCUGGUGGAGGUCCGGGGUCAGUGUGUGGAUCACGCAGAGGAGAGGGACACGCCCAAGAUGUACUGCAGCGCCGAGGGCGAGUGGCUGGUGCCCAUCGGAAGAUGUGUGUGCUCCGCCGGAUUCGAAGAACACAGGGAUUCCUGCGUGGCCUGUGAGGUGGGUUUCUACAAGCCGGUGGCAGGCGAUGGCUUGUGCGGUAAAUGUCCCCAACACAGCCACUCAGAGACCCGAGCCGCCCUCGCCUGCCCCUGUGACUCCAACUACUAUCGAGCGGCAGAUGACACACCGGCAGCUCCAUGCUCCCGCCCUCCAUCUGCUCCAGUAAACGUCAUCUCCUCGGUCAAUGGGACGUCUGUGAAUUUAGAGUGGGAUCGCCCUCUGGAUACUGGCGGUCGCAGCGACCUGAAGUACAGCGUGCUGUGUCAGAAAUGCUCAGGGGAAGGAGGGCCCUGUGAGGACUGCUCAUCCUCCCCGGGAGGCCCUGGUGGAGGGAAGGCAGGCGGAGGAGGGGCGAGUCUCGGGGUCGGAGGGAUGGUGGAGCGUCUGGGCAAUGCGGCAGUUCGAUUCGUUCCACGCCAGACUGGGUUGACGGAGCCGUGGGUGACUGUGCUCAACCUGGUGGCUCACACCAACUACUCCUUCCGUCUCCUGGCCAUGAACGCAGUGACACACCUGAGCAACGAGCCGUCACCGUAUGCCUUGGUCAACAUCACAACGAACCAGGCAGCCCCCUCUGAAGUGUUAGCGAUCCGCCAGGAGAACACCAGUCAGAACAGCGUGACUCUGCUGUGGCAUGAACCCGGCCAGCCCAACGGAGUAAUCCUGGAGUACGACAUCAAAUACUACGAGAAGGAUAAUGAAGCGCAGAGUUACUCCACUCUGAAGUCUAGAAACACCAGCGCCCGAGUGUCAGGGCUGAAGCCAGGCACCAAGUACAUCUUCCAGGUCCGAGCCAGAACGUCAGCAGGCUGUGGACGCUUCAGCCAGAAUGUGGAGAUCCAGACUGGGAAAGCAGCUCCUCUGCGCUACAACACCAUGACCAUCAUCUGGAUCUGCAUGGCCAUGGUGUCCGGCCUGGUAACCUUCCUGGCCAUCAUCAUCUGCAGGAAACGGCAAGGCUACACUUUACCACACUACCCAUCGCUGCUACACUGUGGCUACAGCAAAGCCUUCCAGGACUCUGAUGAGGAGAAGAUGCAUUACCAGAACGGUCACGUGUCAUUCCCCGACGCAAGGUUCUAUAUCGACCCGCACACAUACGAGGACCCCUGCCAGGCGGUCCACGAGUUUGCCCGAGAAAUUGAAGCUUCCAGGAUCAAAAUAGAGAAAAUCAUUGGUUCAGGGGAGUUUGGGGAGGUGUGUUAUGGACGUAUGAGACUCCCGGGUAAAAGAGACAUCCCAGUGGCCCUGAAGACCCUGAAGGCAGGCUACACAGAGAAACAGAAGAGGGACUUCCUGGCUGAGGCGUCCAUCAUGGCCCAGUUCGACCACCCCAACGUCAUCCGCCUGGAGGGAGUGGUAACCCAGAGCAAACCGGCGAUGAUCAUCACAGAGUACAUGGAGAACGGCUCUCUGGACUCCUUCCUCAGGAGACACGAUGGCCAGUUCACCAUCAUCCAGCUGGUCGGGCUGCUGCGCGGCAUUGCGGCCGGCAUGACCUACCUGUCUGACCUGGGCUACAUCCACAGAGACCUGGCUGCCCGCAACAUCUUGGUGAACAGCAACCUGGUGUGUAAGGUGUCUGACUUCGGCCUGUCCCGAGUACUGGAGGAUGACCCCGACGCCGCAUACACCACCAGUGUGAGUUUUCACAUUGAGGGCGGGAAAAUUCCAAUCCGCUGGACAGCCCCAGAGGCUAUUGCCUACAGGAAGUUCUCCUCAUCCAGUGACGUGUGGAGCUACGGAGUGGUCAUGUGGGAGGUGACGUCCUACGGAGAGCGACCAUACUGGAACCUCACCAACAGAGAUGUGAUCAAAUCUGUGGAAGAGGGCUACAGGCUGCCUGCUCCUAUGGGCUGCCCUGGUCCUCUACACACACUCAUGCUGGACUGCUGGCAGAAGGAUCGCAACGAGAGGCCACGCUUUUGCCAGAUAGUCACUGUUCUUGACAAGCUCAUCCGCAACCCAGAGAACCUGAAGUCAAUGGACACACUCUGCAGUUUAAACAGUCCUUCUCUGAUGGAGAGAGCUAUCCCCGACUUCAGUAGCUGUAACUCAGUAAACGAGUGGCUGGACACCAUAAAGAUGGGUCGCUACAAGGACCACUUUGCAGCAGGGGGGUACCAAACUCUGGGACACGUCAUAAGCAUGAACCAAGGGGACAUCCAGAGGCUCGGAGUGACACUGAUGGGCCACCAGAAGAAGAUCAUGACCAGUGUCCAGCUGAUGAGGGUACAGGUCCUCAACAAGAGUGUACCAUCUGUGCAUGUAUAACUCCAACACUGAGGUUUCUCUCUGCUGAAAUCUAGAAACCCAGGCUUCUGUAAGGUCUAGAGGGACUCCGUGGAAUUCAAGAUGAUCUGAUAAGCGAUACGUGGGAACUUUACAAGACUUUUUCCCGAAGAGAUUGAAGAACAAAAUGUGAACGGUUUUAACUACAGAGCAAGUAAACAUGGGACUUCUUUGGGACAAGUCCGACCUUUCAUUUUUUUUCCUAUCUGAUUGCAUUUUCUGAGUUUAAACGUCUUGUUUAUAAAUGGAAAGACUGCCUUAAUUACCACAAAUUGUUUUAAUUGUAUUGUCUAUAAAGAGAAGAUAAUUUAUCAAUCAUGAAUUUAUCAGAGAAAUAUGAUUUACUGAACCGGGCAAUAGUAAGAGUACAUGGAGUGAUGUAGAGGGUGGGGAUGGGGGGGGUGUUUUCUGAUGAUACUUGCUGCCUCUACUUCAGUACCAGCUUGAGGAGAACGUGGCACAGAAGGAGGCUCGAGCCAGAAAAAGUGGAGAAAAGUGAGAUAGUGCUCACCCAAGUUGCCAGAUCGUCUCCACAGCGGAGAAGACCUAUUUCACCCCAGGCUAUUAAUACCAACAACAGGCACAUUUCUCCGCCGUCUAACCUUGAUGAAUGAACCCAGGAGAGCCCUGGAGCCCUCUGUCCAGUUUAAAGCUGUGUGGCGCACAACUACUGUACUUGGAAGAUGUGUAUGAUUCAGUUACGGUGCACUUUAUUCUACAAUCUCUCUGUGAUGUGGAGGCUUUGCAGUUGUGUCACAAAUCUCCUCUCAGCCACAACUGGAGUCACAAUGUUGGUCUGUUAAAGAAUUAGCUUGUUUGAAAAUAUUACAUGAAUAAUGACUAACUAUACAGUAUAAAACCCAAGAAGAAAAAGAUCUAUCUAACAUUUAGUAGUGUAUGAAGUUGUUCGCUCAUGAGAUUUGUUUCCAAACUUUCUUCACUGUGACAGUAAACUGAAGAGAAAAUAUAUUUAAAUUACAUGCAAUAAGUUUAAAUAUGCAUACAACAUAAUGGCCAUUUCAAAAACUUUGAUAAAUACUGCAUGAUGCAUUUUCAGUAUAUUUCGGGAUUUCUUCUUAUACCUCUUAUUUCAAUUACUGAAUUUUAUCCAAAUGCAUUGCUAUUUAAAAUAAAUUUCCAAUUAGAUUUAAAUCAAUAGCAAAUGUUUUUCAAAUUCACUUCAAGUAUUGCAAAUCUAUUUCAGUUUUGAGUGUGAAAGUUCAUUCUUGACCUGGUAAGAGACCCUUGAAAAAUGACCCCAUAUUUACGUUUUAUUGUUAAGCCGUGUCCUCUAGUGGAAGUAGUAAUUAUGAUGGGAGCAAAGCAGGAAAUCAUUUACCAAGGUACUAAGACCAAAAAAGUCUGUUUAGGUUGGAUGGAUGGGUCAAACAAACACAUGACUUUCACCCAGGAGACUGGUGUUUAAAAUAAAAGUAAACGGCGAGUAAUUUUAACUUUACGUAGCAAAUGGAAGUACGUCACCUUCUAUGUCACGUCACGUCAUGAUACAUCAUGUCACGAUUUAGACUUUAAAUUGAAAAUUGAUCGAAAUGAGCCUUCUGAUCUCGACUUUCAAAAUCAGAAACAGGAUUGACGAUUCCCCCACUAUAUGUAAACAAACAUGACAGGUCUCCAUGGUGCAUUCAUGUGCACCUAGUUAAACUAUUGGUACGAACUGCGCCUCUAAAAGAAAUCAAUGAAAAACUCAAACUGUUGUUGCAAAGUAUCCUUCUGUCAUGUAGUGGCCUUUAUUGUGGCAUUGCCGUCCCUGUU